UUCUUAUCAUGAUUCACUCCCACGAAUGACGACAUACAUGACAGACACUGCUUCUGUUAACAAAUAAUACAUAUCCAGACCUUUAUUAUGUUUGCCGAUAGUGUGAGUCUCGCCUGUUCUAAAAACAUCGAGUAACUGUCCUGGGUAAACAGCAGACAUUUUCUCUGUAGUGCGUCGAUGGUCGAUUCACAUUGAAGAUGACGCACAAACUGUUUGAAGGAAAACAGCAUGCCUCCCUUUAUCAAAUGUAUCGUUUUGAUCCACCUGGUGAGAUAAAGGAGAUCAUUUUGCAAUAUCUGGACAGAAAGAAAGGACAUCCCCAUGAGCUAGCUGUAGAUUUGGGUUGUGGAACAGGACAGAACUCUCGUCUGUGGGCACCACAUUUCCAGCAGGUGGUGGGCAUUGACAUUAGUGAGUCUCAGCUGAAGGAGGCAAGAGCCGUGCCGGGCUUUGCUAACCUAACCUACAGAGUGGGCACAGCAGAAGAAUUGCCAUUUCCAGAUGGCUCAGUAGACCUGCUGACGGCUGCAUCUGCAGCUCAUUGGUUUGACCCCGAGCGUUUUUUAAAGGAGGCCACGCGUGUCCUGAAGCCUCGUGGCUGCUUGGCUCUCUUUGGCUAUGGAGACAACUUUAAAUUCUACUAUGAUUCCUGUGGUGAUCGACUUAAUAAUAUAUAUGAGGAUGUAAAAGAAGUACUGACACCCUUCACAAGCAACAGGGUAGCUGUGGCCAACAAUAAGCUACAGGAUUUAUAUGAAGCCAUACCCUAUCCAGAUAAAGAGAGGAUUGAAGUAAUUCCAGUAAAAAUACAAACGACUAUCAAGGACACAGUUGGGUUUUUUGAGACAUUCUCCAUGUAUCAAGCCUAUCUGAGAGCAGAGCCCAGUGCUGCAGUCGCUCUGUUGGAGACGGCAACAUCACGUUUUCUAGAGGAGAUGAAUGUGUCAUCAACAGAGGCCAAACUUGAGUUAGGCUUGGACUACUUCUGUUUACUGGCGUGUAAACCUCACUGACACGUGAUACCUCCAGUACUGUCACCUUUGGUCCUUAGCUAAUUAUUUUUAUGAGAAGAUUUAUCUUAGAUUUUUUUUAAGAAAAGUUGUUAAAUCCGUACAUUUUUAUAAAUAAUUUAAUAAUAAUUAUUAAUAAUAAUAAUUUAAGUGAAAAAAGUAUAAAUAAGUGCAUUAUUACAUUGCUUAGAGGGACAGUUCACCCAAAAUAAACAUUUUGUCGUUCUAAA